AUGGCUAUGGUUUCUUGUCUUAUAGUUUCGAUUUUACUGCUAUGCCUAGUACAUGCGGUGAAAAAGGUAAACAACAGACGUAGGGUCCCGCCUAAUAGUCGGCCACUGCCCGGACCGAAGUCCCUGCCUCUGGUCGGCCGCGUACACGAUAUUCCGGUGAAUUCGUCGUGGCUGAAGUUCUACGAAUGGAGUAAGGAGUAUGGUCCAAUAUAUCAGACUAAAAUGUUUGGUACGGUCCACGUCUGGAUUUCAUCGGAACAAAUCGCGGUCGAUCUGCUCUCGCGGCGGGCACGCAACUACUCAGACCGGCCACAGAUUCCUAACCUUCCUGAUAAUCGAACAAGCGGACACUAUCUUGCGCUGUCUGGGCAUAACGCUACUUGGAAACGCCAGCGGAAGCUCUGCCAGCAGUUGAUGAGCGUGACGGCUAAUGCUUCGCUAUAUGCUUACCCAACAAAAGAACGGGAUCGCUUCUUAUAUCUCCUAUCACGAAAUCCGUCACAAUAUCGGGAAUACGUCGAGCAAUUCACAUCACGCACGGUAGCGCGGCUCUCCUGGGGUAGCCCCCAUCCCGCCCAACUUUUGCGAGUGACGACUUCCGGUCUCCUCGAAACCAUCUCCCCUACAGGCGCCCUACCUAACGCUGUACCCUGGCUUAUGCACAUACCUAGAUUCAUAAGUCCGUGGAAGCAGAAAGAAAAUGCCCGACAUCGACUCGAAGCUGGACUUCUGAAGGGUAGUGUUCAGUACGUACACGACCGUAUUAGUGAGGGGACCGCCGAACCAAGUUUCGUUCAUACAUUCAUAAACAAACCUAGCGGCCUGAACGAUAAGAGUAAAUGGGGUGACGAGGCUGAAGCCACGUAUGUUGUCGGGCAAAUGGCCAUCGCCGGAGCCUUAACGAUUGGAAGUCCGAUCCAGAGCUUCAUACUUGCCAUGCUGCAUUAUCCCGACUGGCAGAGAAGACUCCAAGAUGAAAUCGAUACCGUAUGCGAAGGAAGGUGCCCCGAAUGGAAAGAUCGUGAAAAGUUACCGAUGCUUCGUGCGGCCGUGAAGGAGACGGUUCGGUGGCGCCCCCCGGUUCCGACAGGAAUUCCACAUGCGAUAGAAAACGACGAUGUGUAUGACGGUUACUUUAUUCCUGCCGGUGCUACUAUUCAUGCCCUAGAGUGGGCUAUUACCCGCGACGAGUCCGUAUAUCCCGACGCGGAUACGUUCAAUCCUUCUAGGUGGCUAGAACCAAAGUACCCUACCUAUAAGGAGCCGCUUUCCGUGUACCCAAACCUCAACGGAUUCAGUCAGUUCGGCUUCGGCCAGCGCACGUGCCAAGGCGUUCCAAUCGUAGAGCAAGAUCUAUUCUUGACGAUGGGCGGGAUGGUGUGGGCUUUCAAUCUCCGGAAAAAAUACCGGGAAGACGGUAGCGAAAUACCCGUGCACUGGAAUGACUACACGCCGUUGCUCAUAGCCAAGCCAGCGCCAUUCGAAUUUGACGCAGCGGUGCGAAGCAAGAUAAAGGAGCUAACUCUGAGGCAGAUGUGGGAGACAGGUAAAGGCGAAGACGACGAAGAGGAAGAGCAGAAUGAGUUACUCGUACAGACACAGAAAGAAGAUACCGUAGAUAUAGAGGCUACGGAGGCAGCGCACGAAGAUGAUACCGCAAGUGAUCGCGGUAGCGAGACAAGUGUUUCGGGAUCACUCGCAAGAUCGGCUUCAUCUAUCAGUAUGGGAUCUGAUAGCGAGUCCGGGGAUGGGGGUAGCCCUACAUUAGCGUCUAGGUUUCAUUUAUCUAAACGCCGGGCGAUGAUGGCAACGGCGGUAGGAGAGCAAGCCGUACAGCAAUCGAAAUGA